GUGGCAACCCUCGCUUUAUCACCUGACAACAUGGCGGCGAGGGAUAUCCUUCAACCUCGUUCGGGAUUUGGCGGGUGUUCCAUGACGUCAGCGCUCAAGGUUGUACGUCGUAGACGGGGUACCCAGCAGUAAGGAGGAAGGAUGGGCUGUAUUUUUUUGAAGUUGUUUGUAAUUUAGAUGUUUAUUUGAGAGCUAUCUUCGAGUGAACUCAUCGCCACCGUUUAGCCGAAAGUCUCCAUUGUUUACGUGAAUGUGGUCGUUUUCGUGAGGUCCAAAUGUUUGACCCUCUCCCCCGCCAGCCGAGGGCUUUUCCCUGUUGCGAACUGGGUUGAAGCUGGGAGAGUCUGUCGGAAUUCACCAGGCAGCAUCGGUGACUAUGCCACGUAGGAAACAAGGCCACAGUAAAGAGAGUGCUACUGGUGGCUUCAUAAAGAAGAAAACUGACCCAGGUCUUGUACUAAUAAAAAAUGAAACAUUCAAACAUUAUUCAACCAAUAAUGAUUUGGUUUUCAAAAUCAAAAAGACUGUGUCUUCCAACAUUCCUUCUCCUCCUACUAAUAAUGAGAAAGUUGAACGAGAACACUUAGAAGCUUCAAAAUCCCUCAACGAUAUUAACAUGGUGUCGCAGCCUGAAGUUAAUAACAAUAUAGUCAAAAAUGUCCAAGAUGAAAAUAAAGUUAGUAAAAAUGAAACCGAAAACUGUGAUGUAAAUUCUGAAAGCAAUGGAAGUGAGAGCCCUAGAAAAAAUGUGGCACUGAGCAAUAUAUCAACAUCAAGUGUUUUGAAUAUGUCUGUUAAUAACUCUUUCUCUCCAGUGUCCACAUCUAACGGAACACGGAAACAAACUUCAUUUCUUAAUGCUGUUGAAACUGCUGUUCUGCAAACUGGAACUCUUGCUGAAAGCAAAGAGAAUGGCAAAUCAGAAUCCAUGAAAGUUUUAUCUCCACAGACUAACAAAGGUAUGACUUGUAUUGAUACCGUGAAUGAUAACGCCGUAGAAGCUGAAAAACAAAGUACUGCUGAGAUGUCGAAUGCUACUACUAUGUUAAGCAGCAAAGAAGGUACUGGAAUAAAAGCAGAAGCACAGCAGAUGGAUUAUCGAAUUUCUGCUUCAGAAAACAUAAUAAAUUAUUCAAAAGAAGCUGACAAUACUGUUUUAGAACAGAAUUGUCAGCUACCAAGUUCUGUUUAUGGUACACCUGCUUCUAAUAUUGAAAAAGUGCUUACAGGAUUUCAGAUGUCGGAACAGAAUGGGAAAAAUAACUUGAUUGUAUCUGGUAAAACUAGUUUUCUUCAGGAAAUAUUAGAGAAAAAAUCGGUUAGUUCUUCUGUUUCAAAUACCAGUGAAGAUACAAAUAAUAUCAAUGGUACAAAAUCAUGUGCUCCUGAAACCAGUGGAGUAACAACCAUCGGUCAUUUUAGUUCAAUUUGUUCCACAGAAAGUAAAGAUGCAAAUAAAACUGAUGUUAGCAGUAAAUUGAAAUUACAUAUUCCUGACGGCAUUUGCAAUGAUGAUUCCAAUUCUUCUGUUCUGUCAACUGAAUCACAGAAAACAUUAAAAUUUCCAAAAAUAACUAGUCCUCAAAUUUUGGAACAGCAUAUUAGUAAAAUAAUAUCUGAAAAUGCUGCAAUCGUUGAUACGUUAGAGCCAAUGUGGUCUCGACGAUACUUUAAGCAGACAUCUCAAAAUAGUUCGUCAAGUCAUGAUGGAGAUACCAAAAAGAUCACUAAAGGAAGUCGCUCUAAUGAAGACAAAACCCUGCCUUCUACUCUUCCAGAAAGCUCUUGUAAAUCGAAAUUGCAUUCUGCACUUUUAGGAGGAUGUGAAGGAGAAGGAUUACACAGUACUAAGAUAGCUUCAACUUCAUCUUCUGUAAGCGUCAUCUCAUCUAAGGACAAAAGUUUUUUACAAUUCGGAAAUCUAACUACCGUUCCUUCGGUUAGUAUGUAUUCGAAGAUGGCAUGUUCAGUCUCAGAGGAUGAGUUGAAAGGAAGUGCCAUUAAAAGUCUUCUCAACUUGAAGCAGAAUCGGUAUCCUAAACACAAGAAGUCCUUCUGCUUGGGCAAAGAUAUGAGUAACCAACAUCCUCAAAAUCCGGAAGGAAGCAUUAUAAAAGAUUUACUUUUGAAAAGUAAAUCGCAAGAAGAUCUAAAAGCCGAUUCUGAAUCGGACGAUAGAGGCUUGCAUUACAGCUCGUCCUUUAGUUCUGACGCCAUGAAUGACUUGACUGAUAAGUACGAGAAACGUACUGUUACUUACAAGUGCUCACAGUGCUUAACGGAGCUCCCAGACAAAUACAAUUGGGAAGUACACCUUUCUUUUUGUAAAGCAACUAACCCUUUACUAUAUCUCAGGGACUCUACUGAAAAAUUCAGAUUAAAAGAAACAAGCGCACAAUCUAAGCCUUUAGGAGUUCUGGAUUUUCAGAGUAAAAUAAGAGGUCAAUCAUGGGAAGAAACCACUAAAAAUGACACUGCUGUAGAAAAAACUGAUGAAGAGGUUGGCCAAAUUUUGAAGAAGCAAUUGUUGAUGCCAAGAAGUCCCCCAAUGAAACGUAGAAAAGUGUCUGAUUCCUUACUUUUAGGAUCUAGUUUAGUUGACUCUUCUCUUGACAUUGUAAAGGAUAAUCCAACAAAAGUUUUAAAUAAUUUAGAUGUACUACCUCAUCAGGGUCGAUCACAAAUUAUAAAGCUUUUUGGCGGAGAAGUUCAAGUUAACGAUGAAGCCAUAACAAAGAAAAUAAAAAUAAAAACAACCUUGCCUGGUGCCUUUUCUACAAUUCCAAAUAAGUUUUCUAAUGCCAGCAAAAAACCCAAGACUUUUGAAGAUAUAGAAAUAGAGAAAGAUUCAAAUAGCUCACCUGGUGUUAUAGUCACUAUUGCUCAACAUAUUCAUAAUUCUGGUGCUACAGUUCAUUUGCCGACCAGAAGAUCAGCAUCAAAUAUUUCACCAGUUGUAGCUAUUUCUACUGUUUCUGACAGCAUUCCAAAAUAUCCAAAAGUAAUCACUUCAUCUGUUUCUAAUUUUUCAAGACUUGAUUAUCAACUAGAGAGUUUUAAGCCAUCUAAUGACAACAAAGAAUUUGUCUCGUAUCCUUGUGACUUCUUUCCUGGACCAGAUUCGAAACCCUUUUCUAUUCCUCUGUAUGCAUCUCGUUCUUCAAAAGGCAAUGAUUUGAUCCCGGGUUCAGUUAUAGAUGAAGUAUCUCCAGGAGGUAUAAAAGUAACUCUGUCGCCUGGGAAUAAACCUUUUUAUUCACCUAUAUUUCCUGCAGCUGAGAAAAGUGUUGAUUUACCUCUAUCGUCAAAACCAAAAGACAAAAGCAGUGUGAACCAGCCCAAUGUACCUACAGUUUUAUUUACUCCUAGUAGUCCAACUUUACCAUCUGCGGAUAAUGAAAACGCAUUUCCCUCAACAACUAGCAUAUCAGAACCUACUAAAAAGUUUCUUGCUCCUGCAAGGCCCACUUCUUUGCCUUUAAAGAAAAAGCCAUUUACAAUGGUCAGCUCAACACUAGUUAGUCCAGACACACCAAGGCCAAAGAAAAGUUGUGUCCAGCUAUAUCUGAAUGGUCAUGCAUAUACGUAUCUGGGUCUUAAGUGCUCUACGAGAUCCACCUACUGCUGCAUUUACCGUCCACAGCCGAUGUUUGUUUUGCAGGAAACAAAUCCAAAACUGUCAAUGUAUUCUAAUUGGCAAGUUGUUCCUGCUAAAGAAGAACUCUCUGGACUUACUCCUGGUCAGUUGAUUUCACUGUAUUGCUCGAAACAAAAGGAAUCGAAAGCCAUCACUGUUAGCGCUAGACUAGGGAAGCCAUUGAUUUUCACUCACUCAAGUUACUGGACAUAUCGAUCUCAAGAUCACUCAGAGUCAAACGAUAGUAGCAAACUGAUAAUUAACUCAAAUCAAGUCAAGGAAUUAAAAUUUCCUUCUGAGAGCUCUCAGGAUUCCUUAAGAGAGAACUCCCGAUGUGACUCUGUAAUUUCUUCUCAUGGAAGUAAAACAGAAAAGCAAAUACUCUCUGCUGACGAAUCCAGUUUACAUGUUGAUACAGAAAAUACACUGUCUGACGAGCCAAAUAAUUCAAAUGAUGAAGAUGAAGAUGAGGAAUGCCAAGAGGAUGGUACUGAAUCUUUAACUGAUUCCAGUCAACCCCAGCCACCAAAAAGAGUUAAGAUUUUCGAAGGUGGUUUCAAAUCUAAUGAAGAUUAUACUUAUGUCCGAGGCCGUGGCAGAGGAAAAUAUGUGUGCGAAGAAUGUGGCAUUCGCUGCAAAAAGCCCAGCAUGCUGAAAAAGCAUAUACGAACUCAUACAGAUCUUCGGCCCUAUAAAUGUCGCCAUUGCUCCUUUGCUUUUAAAACAAAAGGAAAUCUUACGAAGCAUAUGAAAUCAAAAGCACACCAUAAAAAGUGCACAGAGCUUGGUAUAAUUCCUGUUCCCACUACAACUGAUGAUUCACAGAUUGAUGAAGAAGCACUAGCUAAACAGGUUGAAAAGAAAAAGAUACAAUUUUCUGAUGGUGAAGAUGCUGAUGACGAUGAUGAUGAAGACAGUGAUGAAAGUGAAGAUGAAUGUGAAAGUGAUGCUAGUAGUAUGAUGUCAUCAAAUCAAAAAAACAGGAUGUUAGCAAACGGCCAUUCAAAGAAAUCUGAUUCUCAAGACAAAUUUUCAUCUAAUGUUGAUGAAAUUGUGAAAGAAACUGAUUCUGUUUCUCAACAAACUCUAGAACAAGAAGCUGUUAGGAGCUUGCUUAAUUUAUCAGCCCUGGGAGAACCUAGUCAGUGGUCAACUAGUACUGGAGAUCUUACAGAUGUGACAUCUUCUAGUGAAACACAACCUGGCUCUUCUUCUGUACGAUCUGAUCAAUCAUUAGUAUCUCCCUCGCAAAUGACUUCACAUAUGUCAGUUAUUGCUUCAAGACCAAAAAAUACUUCAGACCAGUGGCUUUCAGCAGAUACAUUAGGUCAUAGACCAAGAUCAUAUUCCGCUGAUGUUCCACAAAGCAGUGGAAAAGAUGCCUUGACAAAGUUCAAACUCUCAAGAAUUAUGAAUUCGGAUACUUUAACUGUACCUGUUGACGAAUCAUCAGAAUUUGGUGGCCGAGAGCAAUAUACAAGAAGAUAUUCCAUAUCUGUUGCUAGAGAAGCACGAAAACCACAGGUUUUAACUCCAGAAUGGGGUCGACUAGAAAAUGCUUCUCAGAAAUGGCCUGAAGGAGAGACAUCUGAUCAGCCUAUGGAUCUUAGUAUUACUCGAGACUUGGGAAAAUGUAAAUCUGUUUAUGCAGCUGGGAUAGCAAAUUCUUUAUUAAAUAUUGUUUCUGAAGGCAGUGGGCAAGAAUCUAAUCUAGAUGCUUUUGGUGAAUCAUACCAACUGAAGUCUUUACCAAUUCUGUCCCCCCAGAUGCUGGCUGAUUAUGACCCUGGUUGCAGCAAUAGUGUUGCAGAAGCAUCCUUACUUCCUUUAACUGAUGAUCAGACAUCUUUUGUACCAGGGACAUCUACAAGACCUAUGUAUUAUGUCCAAGAUGUUCCAUCAUCGGAUGCUGUGUCCAAUAGGAAAGAUGCAGAGGCAUCCGAUGAUCCUCCUAGUCCUGACAUCUCAGAUUAUGCAGUUUGCUCACCUGUAUCACCACCAACAUUAGAAGAUAGUUCUUACUAUUAUUCCCAAGAGAAUAUCUCUCAAGCUAGUACAAAUUCUGAAGAUGCCUCAUCUUCUCGUUUCCGUGCAGAAUUCAUUGUACCUACAUCUUCUUCUUCUGGUAUGGAAGAAGGGAAAUGUGUUUGCCGUAUCUGUAAUAAAACUUUUGCAAAAUCGAGCCAUUUGAGAUUGCAUGUUAAUAUACAUUAUUUUGAAAGACCCUUCCGUUGUGAUAACUGCGCCGUAUCUUUCCGUACAAAAGGACACUUACAAAAACAUAAGCGUUCUGUGAGCCAUUACAAUAAAGUAAAUAUGAACUUGACCUUUGGUACUCCAACUGUAGACAAUCCAAGACCAUUUAAAUGUGCAGAUUGUAAAAUUGCUUUUCGGAUACAUGGUCAUUUAGCAAAGCACUUGCGAUCAAAGAUGCACAUAAUGAAGCUAGAAUGUUUAGGAAAGCUUCCAUUUGGAAUGUAUGCUGAAAUGGAAAGAUCUGGUGUUAGUUUAAAUGAAAUCGACACUACAGAUUGUAGCAAUUCUUUGGAUAGUCUCCAAAAUAUGGCUAAAAAGUUGUAUCAGCGAGAUCCUCGUCGGAUGCGUUGGCAAGGUCCUGAGCAAACACCAGAUUUGGGUUGUAUACUGCCUGCUGCUCCUGCAAGUACUUUGAUUGACUCUAUGUUGCCAAUGAAUGAUCCCAUGGCAGCAAAUUUUGAUUCUGUCUGCACUCCUGUAGGUGUACCUGCUUCAACAUUCACAAGUGCUAUGCAUCCAUCAGAGAAUGAAGAAGUGAAACAGGAGCUUGCGGAAACAAUAGCAUCUGCUUUUUCUGAAUCGGAAAAUGCCAUUUCAUCUUUGCCUCGAUUCGUUGUUUCACAACCUUCGGCUGCCUCAAAUCAAGAAGCAGUUCAACGGAUAGAGGCAUCUGAACGCGACUCAACAGUUUCUCUGCAUCGUUCGGGUACUUGCCACAUAUGUUCAAAAACUUUAAAAAGUGCAAAGUUUUUGCAAGUACAUCUGUACACUGAACAUCCAACUUGGAAUCCAUCAUCAACAAAUGAGGCAUCCUCACCAAGUAAUUCAAUAUCAUCCGUUUCAAAUUCUCAUGAGCUUGUUUGCAAGCUAUGUGGGAAACAAUAUACAAAUCAAAAAGAAUUACAGCAACACCUGUUAUCGCAUGCUCAACCCCGGCCAUUUGUGUGUGAAUUGUGUGAUGCGGGGUUCACAUCAUCCUCAUCCCUGGUUGCUCAUAAAGCAACUCAUCAGAAUAAUUCAUCAAUAUCCUCUAAUAUGGAGAACAGAUCAGUGCAAUUGAAAUAGUACAAGAGAUGGAUUUUCACAAAUGGAGCUCUACCAAGAUCUUUCAUUUGCCUUCUCUGGUACUUGUCUGCUUUUGGGUGCUAUUUGUCUUGGUAUAUGUAAUUAGGUUCAAAGAUGUCUGUACAAUCUGCCACGUUGUGGAAAGGCAUAUUAUGCAAAACGUUUUUCCAGUCAAACAAUGUGCAUCGCCAAAGUUUAACUAUUGUUGGAUGUUGUUAUGGUGGAUGCCAAAAGUAGAACGCACAAUUUUAAUCGUUUUCUGGACAAGUUCUACUACUGAGUUUUUAUGUUUUCUCUUCCCAUUCAUCCUGUAAAAAUAUUAAAUUUCAAGUUGGAUGUUUUUACAUUAUUAAAUAUCCUUUUCUGGAGUAUUACUGUACAUGUGUCUGUGAUCAAACAGACUGUUUCAUAUAUAAAAGGUGGAAUCAUGAAUUUUACACUCUUCCAUGGAAAUAAGUCUCAUUGUUGAAUUAUUUUAAAGAUAUAUUAUUGUUUUAUUUAUAUGUUGAUAAACCAAGGAAGAUUUCAUUUUGUUUUUGUUUGUGGUAGAUUCGUUUCAUUGUAAUUAAAACUAAUCUGCAUUUUAUCUCUUAAUGAGAAUUAAACUAUGUUUUCAAUACAGGCUAGGAAUGUUUUCCUACAUUAUCACUGUUCGUGUUGUUUACUACAUGUUUUAGACAUUAGAGUGUCUAUUAGUCUUGCAUAAUAAUGUGUAGGACGGUUACCAUUGGUAACUUUUACAGUUAUUCGUUGUCCGGAUCUAAUUGGUCUAUCUUGGUUAUAAUUGUCUUAGAAAAGCACUGUCUUUAUUCUGUAUAAAUAUUUUCACUUACAUUUCGUAUGUGGUUUCUGAAAAUAUAUUACUAUGCUUUUUAAUUUUAAUUAUAACCAAUUUUGAAUAUAAAAUAUAAUGCUUUUUUUCCCUUUCACUAUUUCUUUUUUAAAAAAAUGAUAUAUUUUAAGUCGUUUAUAUUAAAGGUUUUUGUAAGAUAAAAUAUUUGCAAAAGCUUUUAUUUAGUAUCCAAAGUAUCCAUUGUUAUAAUAAUGCAGUUUAUGAUUAUGUUGUUAACUUAAUAACAUAUGCUCACUUUUGUGCACUGAAAUUUUUAUUUUAUACUUUUCUAGUUGAUUACAAUUUCCUUCUUUUGCUUUGUUUAGAUGUUUUAUCAUUGAUCAUGUAUUAGUGUUUAAGAAAUGUGCCUAGUGUUUCACUUCAAAAAUUGAAAAGUGUGCUAUGAAUACUAUCAUUUUUGUGCUUCUUUCUCUUGUUUCUUUUGUGCUUUUCUAAGACAAUGUCUUCUUAAUUAAAUUUUUCAUAUGUAAAGUUGUUUAAACUUCUUCUAAGAGCUGUUCAUAUACACAAAUGAUUAAAGCAAAACCUUUUAUUGCACUUGUUACUUUGUAUUUUGUGAAGAAAAAUCUCAGCUUUACACUGAGUAAACAUUAAAGUUCAUUAACUUUCCAUGCAGGUAGGUGUAUUUUGUUAAUUUUCUAAUUUUAAGGCAACAUUCUAUUUGUCCCAUGGAUGUCUUCUAUAUAUAUUUCAGUAUUUUUAAUAUGGUGAAAAUAGAUAUAUACUGGCUCCUUUCUGUAAAAUAAGUUAGUUUCAGUAAUAUUUAUUGUUUUCUCUGUCAAAUUGGAAUGGUUACUGCAUUUUUGGUGGUUUUAUAUUUUUUUUGUAAAUUUUUAAAUAAUUGUUAAUAAAACAUAGCUAAUGAAAUAUAUAUUUGUUUAAGAUAAUGAAGAUGUGGCUUAUUAUAUCAUAGCAUUUUUUCCCUCUUAAUUUGUACUUCAUAUUUUGGUAAAAUUGGCGCUAGCAAACUUCUUUUCUGUGCAUUAUAAAAUGGUGCAAAAAGUGUCAUGAUGUAGUUAAAAGUUCAUCAUAGUUAAUUAAAAACUGUUCUUUUAUUUUCAUUAGGGAGAAUAAGUGUAUUGUUUUAUUGAUUCUUUUUUUUUAUUAAGUACAUAUGAGAUAUAGCAACCUUAAAUUUUUCAAAAUAUUUUUUAUAGUUUAUUAGACGAAAGCAUAUGAUAAGUUUUUAAUGUUUUUUUUAAAUAGUCCAUUUUUUAAAAUAGUCAAAACAUAAGAAUAGUCAUUCAUAUGUUUUUUAAAUAGUCGGUGCCAUUACGAAUCUAGCUAUGAAUCAUCGAGUUUUGUUAUUACUUUUCAUACAGCAGUAUUUUUCAGAUCAAGACAGCUAUUACUGUAGUAGUUAUUUCAUUUUUUCAUUGAUCUCACUUAGUAAUCUGGUUUUAAAGUGCUGAAAAAUACUGAAUAUUUCCAGAACUAUCAAAGCGUUUUAUGGAUACUUUGUAAAUCUCAUUAUUAGGAAGAAUUGUUUGGUUUCAGGGAAUCAUUUUAAAACAUUAAACAUAGAAAAACAUUGCAAACAUGCUACUCUAAAUUUUUAUGGUGUUUACUUUUCAGUUGUGGAUUUAAUUAUCAUUGUCUUGUUUUUAUUUUUUUUAUAGUCACUUAACUCAGGAUAUAGCUUGCUUUUUUCAAUCAUUUUAUUGUAAAAGCUAUUUAACUUCAUUUUAUGAAGAAUAUUCUUUUAAAAGGUACUAAAAUUUUAAAGGAAAGAUAAAAAUCAUUUCUUAUGUGGCUGCAAAUAAUCUUGCACUUUUUAAAGAAAGGUCUUGUUUUCUUUCUUAGACUUUUUAUGUAUACAUUGUUUUUAUAAUAGAGAUACAGUUUUUAAUGUGUAUUAAUAAAUGUUGUUUUAAAGAUAUGAAAAAAAUAAUGAAAAAUUACCAUAGUCAUGUGCUGCAAACUGAAAAAUGAUAAGGCGAUGUAGUACUUUCAUACAAAGAUAUUUUGUUAAACUGAGAUUUAAAAAUACUUUGCUUAAUUAAUUAAAGCAAAUUAAAAAUUAAUAGGAAAGUAAUUUUAUUUUUAAAGUCUUGAUCAUUCAUAUCAAAAACAGAAAGUAUCAAAGGAAAAUUUUAUUCUUUGUGGAAUUAAUCAUUUUUCAGCACCAACUCUUUAAUGCAUGUAGCAUUGGUAUUAAACCUCUUAGUACCUGAAAUGACAAAUUUUGUAUCUUUUUGUAAGUGCAAAUAUUUUGGAAUAUGUAAUUUUUUAAACUGUUUUCACAUCUUUAUCCCCAUUAUUAGGGAACUGUAAAACUUGUAAGAAUUUUCAAAUGAAAUGCAUUGUGUACAAUUUUUAGCGCUAUUCUUUUUUUCUCAUACGUGUUUGAUGAUUAACUUGUUAUCUGCCUAAUUAAGCAUUUUUGAACAAUUAAUAGUAUAUAUAAAUGCUUAUAUUUUUAUACAGUUGGCCACACUUAAAGUAAUUUUGUUACCCAUUUCAUCUUGUAAUAUUUAGCAUUAGAAUGCAUUUACGUUUUUUAAAUAUAAAUUUGCAUUCUGAUAGGGAAUAAUACUGUAGGUGUUGCUAAUUCUUACAGCUAAACAGUGCAUUUGUUUGGCAGCUGCUUAAGAUAAUUAUUCAUAUUUGUACUUUGAUAUCUAAAAUGGGAUAGACAAUAAUUCUCUAUCUCAUUUGACACUAAAUUAGGAUAUUAUUGUUUGUAUUACUUUUUUAAUUUUAAUUGCAAGCAUUUCUUUUCUCAUGUAAUGUAAUGGCCUAAAAAUAAGUUAAAAAUAAAUAUACCCAGUAAAAUUAAUUGUCUUCAAGUACAAGUCUUUAACUUGAAGUAUAAAAUUUACUGACUCUCUGGCAUUAAGAGAUGGCUGCCCUUUGUUGUUAAAAAACCCCAAUGUAUUCAUUUCAGUAAUAAUAAUAAUGUCAUUGAUUAUUAAUUAACAUAUUUAUUUUGUUCUGUUUUUAUCGUGGAAUAGACUUUCUUAUUUCAGGAAAUGAUAUAUUUAAAAAAAUGAAUAAAAAUAAACUUAUGUACAUUUUUUUUUUUUUUUUUUCAAUAUUUGAAUUACUAUUUUAACUGUUUCUUACUGCAUGAAAAAAGUAGGGCAUAAGAUUUAUAUAUAUAUGAUAUGAACACUUUUUUUUUUUCUUAACAAUUUCAUGAGCAAUACUUUAGAGGCCUAUUUACAAAGAGAUAACUGUAUCUGAUUCUUGAAACAAAACAAAACAAAAUAAAAAAAAAAUUACAAUAAUAGAAAAAUAAUUCGUCUUGAGUAUUUUGUACUCUGAACCAAGUAGGACAUUUUUAAAAAGUGCAAAUAAACAUCUUAUUAAUUGUGAAUUCUUCCACCAUUGGUUUUGAUUAAAUCAAAGAUUCGGUUUAGCAUUGAAUUAUAUAAAGUUUGAAUUUAUCUUUGGCAACAUUUUUCCCAUACAUCAUUCAAAGCUCUCCGAAACUCAACCAAAGAUUCAAACUGCUUGCCUUUCCCGUAAAUGCAAUGAACAAUCCUUUCUGCUAUAUCCUGUACAAUGUUGAGCUUCGGGCUGUAGGCAAAACAUCAUUUGCUUCAAACCCAUUUUUAAUCCCAUUAGUUAUAUGAAUUGAUGCUGCAUCACUACUACUAGGAUUGAUUGAUUGAAUGCUCUAUCCUUGACUGUUGAGAUUUCUUAUGAAUAUUUAAACAGCAUUUGGACUGAUAUGUAGCUGAUGUGCAAUCUCUCUCGCAUCUUGUUUGUCAUUUUUUUUUUUUGGCAACAGUUUGGCCUUUUUUAAACUCGCUUUUUCUCUGGUCAUUCUAAAAAAAGAUGAAAACGAUGGCCUUAGGUAAAAUAGAAUGGUUUUCUAAAUAAAAAUAGUUAAAAAGAAUGAAACAUCCAUUUUUAAAACUUACAAUAUCUUCCAAAACAAUUGUUUUAGUAUGUACUUUUUUACACACCAGAAAUCGUUAAGUUGGGGUUUUUUCCCCCUGCUUUUUAUUAAUGGUCAAUAAAAUUUAAUCCUUUAAAGUAAAAGAAUGAAUAAUCAAACAGCACAAAAAAAAUUAGAUCAAUAGGAUCAAAAUACAAUGCAUAAUUUACAAACUAUGACUGUCCUACUUUUUUCACAUAGUAUGUUUUCUAUUCUUUGUUAAUGUAAUUAUAUAUCUUCAUCUAAUGUGACUUCAGUGUAUAUUAAAAUUUUACCUUAUUUGGUACUACAUACAUGUAGUUAAUGUUAAGUUUUUAAAUUUCUAACAAAUGUGAAAGAAAUAUUUUAAGAAUCUUUGUUGCAUGAAUUAUUCAUAAUGUGGCUGUUAUAUAGAAUUGAUGGGCAUUUAAUGAAUUCAUAAUGUUUAAAAUUAUUAUGUUUCAAUUUAAUUGUGGUCAACUGUAUUAUACAAUAAAUGGGAUACUGCACAAUUUGAAUACAUCCCAUAACAUGGUACAGCAAAUCAUAUUGCACUAAGAUUAAGAAGGUGUCAGGUUUAUUUACAUAGAAAUAUAAUGUAGCACUGAAAUAUAAUUUCCUAAUGUUCUAUAAAGCUUGGAUUAAGUCACUCUUCACUUGUGUCAACUACAUUUUUUUAAUCUAAUGUAAGUGCAUUCUGUAAUACCAGUGUUUAAAUGUUCUGAAGUGCAAAAUAUUUCAACUGUCUGUUUCUUGUCCAGUUUUUUUAUACAUAGAAAUACAUGUUACAAAGUAAAGCUUUUUCAAGUAUAUAGUUUUGUACCCAUUACCUGUCUUCCGUAGUUCAUCUUCCCUUUUCUUGUGUAAUAUUCUGUGGCCAGUUUGUUAAAGCCAUAUGUUGAUUUUUUCUAUUGAUCAAAGAGUGAUUUAAAGGCGAAAUAAUUCUGCAUAAUUAUUUGUUUUUCACUGUAAAAGUUUAAGUUUUCUGACAACAUUGUAGAUACCAUGCAAAAUUUCAUCGUUAAUUCUUUAUUCAUUCUUGCAAUAAAAUCAGUGGAUUAUUUGUAAAUAUUUUCCUUGUUUUGUAAAUAAUAAAUGCUUUAAUACUUUCAUAUGUUUAUGGAAUCUAUAUAAAAUGGAAAGUUACUUUUGUUGAGAUCUAAAUUUGAAUGCGUAAGUUUAAAUUUUCCAAUGUAAAGUAUUUUGUUAAUUAUUUGUGUAAAAUUCUAUGCUUUUUUCUUUUUUUUUAUUUUUUUCUAUGCACUGUUAACAUUAUACACAAUUAAUGAAUUGUUGCACUUAUUUUUUUUAAAUAUAGCUAAUAUUUUAUUUGAAAAAGUGUGUAAUUGAAAAUGCUUAGAAUGAAUGUUUAUUCUAAGAGCAAUUUACAGCUUUGUUAUAAAAGGAAUGACCAUACCCUGGAAGGGGAAAAAAAAAUUAAAUUGCUUUGACUGAAAAAAAUGUGGUCUAAAAAAAAUGUUUUAAAGAAAAAUAUAUUUUUCAAUCUUUCCAUUUCUUUCCACAAGUCUUGGCAAAUAAUAAAUUGAAUAUUGCUUAUAAAAAUAUCUUUAUUUGAAUAUUUUAAUUUCUUUUAUUACAGUUGUUCUGCUGAUUUAUAAAUAAACAACUGACGCAUAAUAAUUUUUAUAUUUAUUGUAUAUAUAAAUUUAAAACAAAUAAUCAGAUUUCCAAAUUAUUAAAAUUUAUUUUUUAGCAUUUUCUAAGUGAAGUAUUAUUUUAAAAUUUUCAAUAGCAGCUGAACUUCUUUAUUUUUUCACAUGGAAAAAUCCUGGAAAUUCUAAUUAAGGAAAUGUUAUUGCCAUCAGUGUAAUUUGAAAUAUUUUUUAAGCUUAUGUAAUAUAACCAAGAAGUUAUUUUUGUUUUUCUGUAAUGAUUUUUUUUUCUUUUUGUAUCAGUUCAACCUGAUUUAUAUAAUAUGUACAUUUCAGUUCUCAUUUCCAAUGGGGAAAAUGUGUGUCAGGUAGAGAUGAGAGAACUUGUUAAAAGAAAAAAAUGAGAAUGUUAAAUCCUUUAAAUCACUAUUUGAAAAUGUUUUAAUUCACUUUGUUGUGUAAAUUAUUUGUAUUAAUUUGUAAAUAGUUAUUAAGCUGUAAAUAGCAGCAUUUUUGUUGUCCAAUAUGCAGCCUAGUUGCUUGUUGUUGUUUAUAUUAAUUAAAUAUUAUGGUGUUGGA